AUGAACCAGCCACUUCACCAAUUAACUGGGAUUGAAGAAGAUGCUAUCAUUCAACAUCGAUUGGCUAUCGACGAGAAAGGCUGGAAGCAGUUGUCUAAGCGGGUGUUCAACAGCCACAGCUUAGAGGAUAACCAAAGUGCUUUACUGGAGCUACACAAGUUUAAACUGCAAAUGGAUAGAUCGCACUUGGUAGACGCUGCCAUCCAAUCUCAGUCCACAGAAGCUCAUUUGGAGAGAGAGAGGAUGAAUAGUGCGUGUUCCUCGAUAAUCCAACAGAACAAUCAACUUGUCUACGAUCUGCACCAAGCUCAAUUAGAUAGACAGCGUAAAAUGGAGUACGAUUCCCUCGCUGCUGAGAUAUUCAAUUACCCUUCACGCCAAGAUAGUCAGCGUUCCAUAGACGCCCUUCAAUCUUCCAUCGACGAUCUUCACCACACCAAACACUCUCAACGUAACACCUUUUCAAACAGGGCUCUUACUUUUGCUGAGAUUCUCGACGCUUGUGAGAGACUUAGAGGCGAUGUUGGCGCUGAGGCUGAAGAAGGCAGACGGAGAGCUCUCGUUGAAAUGGAACUCGAAGGUGAGACAGGUGAGAGAGGCGAGACAGGUGAGGCUGCUGAGGCUGCUGAGACUGGUCAUCUUGCCGAGAAAUCUAAUCUAGACCCAAAUGCCGCUGCUUUUGAGCCUGCCAUAUCCAAAAAGGUUGAUUUAGAGGAAGGCGAGGAGAAUGAGUAG